CGGAAGUGAUGUAAAAAAAAAAAAAAAAAAAAAAUGAAAAAAGUUUCUCCGCCGAGAAGCACUGGCGUUUAUCAAAGCGUUUUGUUUUGGUCGCUGAACGUUGAUCAGGAUGAAUUCUUUUGCUAAUAAAAAGACACAGAAUGGUCUUAUAAAUAGGUACCAGACUAACUUGGAGAGACGAAUUGAGAAGGGGGAUCAAAGUUUAGUAUGCAGGGAUGAGGGACUGUGUAAGGAAGUAGAAGUGCUCCUUUGCAAUAACAAUGCCCAGAAAAUACAUACUCUACAUGGAUUGGAUCCACUGACAGUGAUGGAAAAAUCUCUCCAUGAAUUUCCUUCUAAAACUGGGCAAAUGGGGCUUGAAAAACUUGCCAAGGCCUUUGAAGUGUUGGAGCUCGCUUCGUUAAACCUCUACGUCUUUCCCUGGAGAAGAGAGUACAGACUGGUUAAGACGUUUUCAAGCAUGUUCACCCAUUUGAUCAAACCUGCACUGACCCUUCAGCAGGCUAAAGAGCUGUUUGCAUUGCUUGGGUACCAGCCUUCAAUAUCUAAUGAAGACGAGGAGUUGGCGCUGAACUCCAAACCAGCUCCUUCUGAUUUCAUACUCGCUCUAGCAUGUGGUUUCUUCACUGCCCGGAUGGAGUGCCAGCUGCUUCUUUCCUCCUUGGGCUCAGCGCACAGAGGUGUGGAGUGGGUUCUUCUGCUAGUUAAAGAGAGGCAGGCGGGCCACAGUCUUCAGGUAGCAUUAGACAACGCCAAGAAAAAGUCAGAGGUUGCUAGUGCUGCGGACGCCAUCCUGACAAGCGGCGUGGACACUGAGCUUGAUCUGUACACAGGGGAGACAGACGUGACAUCCGCUCCUUUUUCACCACCACACUCUUCUUAUACGCAACCAAAAGAGAUCAAGCCUGACUCAGACAUGAGGAAUAAUGACGUUGCCGGGCAGAGAAGAUCAAUCAACAGUCCGGGUCCAAUGGAAAGCUUUGGUGAAGAUCAAUCGAAAGGUAGUGUCCAGAGACCAGCAGGAGUAAAUGGGAUGUGCAGCUGUAUCACACCAGAUUUAUUUUAUAUAUACCAGUGUGAGAAGUGCAAACAUGUUCACAGUCCAUCGUGUAGCCAUUAUAUAGAGUGCCUUUCAAAAGGGCAUACUUUAGCGCUGUGCCCAUACAAAGGCGAAGACCUUUAUUUAGCACAAGACCAGUUUAGAUUGGCCAAGGAAAAAGAUUCCCUGAAGACACAUAAUUGCAUGGUCGAUUCUACUUGUGAUACAUUUUUGGUUUGCUACACCUGCCAGGUAAUCCAUGACCACGACUGUAAUAGCAUUCAAAAGUGCAAAUUAAAUCACCACGUACUGCCCACAGGAAAAUUACAGCCCCCUCAAGGAGAAAGAGUGAAUGGUCAAAAGAAGGACACAUGUCUUGAAGCUCCAGUGAAUGCAAUGCGUCACACCUCGUAUAACGCCCAUGACUUAUGUCAAGAUGUGCAAAACUGUGUGAAGUAUGAGCAUUGUGUGCAGUACCCCCAGGAAACACCUCCUGCACCAAAACCAUUUUUCAAUCAUUGCUUGACAGAUAAAAAGCAUUUUCCUGAAAUCGUAUGCCUCACUUGUAAAGCCUUUCAUUUAUCUGGGUGUUUUGGUGGACGGCAUUGCUCUCAAGAACACAAAAUACAAGAUUUUGGAACUAAAUGCAUCACUUGCUUCAGUUCUGAACUUUUCACCUACUGCAGGUAUUGUGGUGUCCUGUAUUGCAAGCGAUGUUGCUUUAAAAAUGUCAUGGUGUGCAAGUGUGGAAUGCCUUUCAUCUCCUCUUCCUCUGUAUAACAUCUAUGGGUCAGUGUUGAUCAUGUGUGGUUGAAGACUGCCUGUUAUUUUGCUAAUUGCACAGUAGAUCUGAAGUACUUGGGGUUAAAUACAUGACAAUCUGUUGUUACACUUUUGAUUUUUUGAUAUCAGCAACAUCUUGAUAGGAGCCAUAUAUUAUAAAAAAAAGUUACAAAGUUCACAGUAGUUAAUUAUCACUUACCAAUUUAUGUCAUACAAUAACACAGCUCAUAACUGUAUAUUAUUGGUUGAGAUUGUGCGAUGGCCAGUCCAAUAUUUGGGAAAAUUAUGGUUUUGGGUCUUAGCAACAUUUCUAACCAGUUAUUAUGUUUAGAGUAAUGUACUAUGCUGCCAUAUAAUUGUUAAAUAUAAUGCAUGUUUAUUAUUAUGAUGGUUUCAUGGAGUUAAUAUAAAAAUAAAGGGAAUGUAAGAGAA